CUGAUCAUCCUUUCGGUGUUGCUUGUCGCUCGUCCACGGACCAAUCGAAGUCUGGUGUGUACGGAAAAUCGCGUUUUUUCCCUGACGUUGCGUGCGUGCGUUUCUUGAAUUCUGUGUGGGCGAACGCGGAGUGUGAUUUAUUUCACGGUUCGUGAUCGAUAAGUGUUUGCGGUCGUGUACGGUUUUAAAUCCUGCUAGAUUUUCUCGAGAGUCCUUCGCAAAUCGCGCUGGUGUGGUCAUUUUUUUCCACGAUUUCUCGGGAACUGAGAGGCAAGAUUGGUGUGUUUGCUUUUGCUAAAGGAGGAUAGCGAGCUCGAUUAAGACACAAAAAAGCUUUCGUGCGAUAAUUUGGUAGUUUUCGUCAGCAGGAACCUCGAGAAUCUGACUUCCUGUUUCCAGUGUGAGUUGGCUUUUUCAGGGAAUAAUCCGUAAUUCAUCUCUGAAAAGUUUUGGAACUGUUCCAUCUGUUGGAAGAACAAAAUUUGAUCGAUAAUUUCCGAUCCCUUUAUUUGACCGUGAAAAGGCAAACGAACCCGUCUGGAUCUGGAAUAAACUAGUGUGGAAGUUAGAACCAAUAAAUAAGUGGCCAGCAAUCUGUUCCGAACGGAUUUCUACGCUUGCUAGAUUCUUCUGGAAAUCUAUUCUGAUUAGACCUCAGAAAUGCAUAAAAGUGCCAGUGACACCCGUUGCCUGAUUUCACCACGGAUUCGCUACAUGGAGCAACCGCUUUGACCGUUUCAAAUUCGGUACCACUAAGUUUGGCGUAGCAGCAGCAUUUGUAAAGACAACCAACAGAAGCAACAACAACAACACGUAACAACAUUCGUAGCCAGGAGUUCGACUUUUCGGUUCGGAUUAUCAUUCAUUUCCACAAGCCAACAACAGUAACAGCAAAAUCAACAACACAUCUCUACAUAUUGGAUUCGGUUCAGUUUGAUUAGUACGGGCCAUUGCAAGUUUGUGUAAAUUGGGGAAGCACUACUAGCCACCAGAAAGGGCAAAUUGAAACGAGCGAUUUCCGAGUCCCGUCGUAGUGGUGUUUUAACGGAGGAAUUGCAUCGAUAGCGCAAGCUUUUUUCCUUUAAAAAAAGGCCCAUAAAUCACUACUUCUUGGAGCGGAACCUCCAAGAGCCGUACCACUGCUACAGAACAUUGGAGUAACCCUUUGGAUCAACCCCUCUUCAAAACACACAUUUUGUGCUGAGCGUCCAGGCACGUACCAGCCCAUCAGCUUUCCGCUUCAAAAAACCUAAACUCCCCAGCAAACGAUGGCUGUUUUUACAAAACUCUGCUUACCCGAUAUUGUCAAAUUAAAACGCUAGUUAGUAAAGACUCUGUCCAUCCCCGUUUUUGAGGAGGUCAUCUAUAGAAUUUACUAAUUUUAACGUUUUUCUAGGUACAAUAUCAGUUAUAUUUUAUACUUUUUUACUUAUCGGUUAAGCCUUUUUUCACGAGCCACUUUUUUAUUUAAUUACCAUAAAAAGUACACUCAUAAGCAGUAAUAUAAUUAAUUAAUAAUUUUAAUAUCAUAUCUUUACUGAGUACUAAAGCAUAGAGCUUAGAAUCUAAGUUCUUGAGUUAAGUGGUACUAGUUCUAGCCAUUUUCCUUUUUGGAAACGGAACUAUUUGUGUACUCGUGAGUAUCGAGCAUAUUGGUGGCUUUAAAAGAUAUCGGAAAGCAGUUGGUUGAAGACUCUGGAAGGUAAAAGACGGCUAUCGAUUACUUAAAAGCGCUCUUAAAAAUAUCUCAUUUCUUCCUGUGUUCUGUACUAUAACGGCGCAAGUAAUUAUUUGCCUUGCAUAGCACAUCUCCUUAAGACUCCACUUACACACCCCAUCUGUUGCUUCCCUCGCUCGAAUAAAAAAAAUCGUUGGAAAACGCAAGCCCUCGAAACAUUGUUAAAACUAUCGACAACAAAAAAGGGAGAAAAACUACAACAAGGCAUCCACGAUGGAACCAUUAUCUCCGGAAAUUCUAUGGCUCGUCAUUUUGGCAUUUGUGAUCGCGUUCAUCUUGGCAUUCGGCAUCGGCGCCAACGAUGUGGCCAACUCCUUUGGUACCAGCGUUGGUUCCGGGGUGCUGUCGAUCCGCCAGGCCUGCUGGCUGGCAACAGUUUGCGAAGUGUCCGGAGCAGUUUUGAUUGGUUAUAAAGUAUCGGAUACUAUGCGGAAAGGCAUUUUGGACGUGGAAAUGUACAAAGGCGACGAAAUCGAGCUGAUGCUGGGCUGCUUGUCGGCGCUGGCCAGUUCUGCCUUGUGGUUGCUGGUUGCAACCUUCUUCAAGUUGCCCAUCUCCGGAACGCACAGCAUCGUGGGCUCAACGAUUGGAUUCAGUUUGGUAGCACGUGGCCUGCAGGGCUUGAAGUGGAGCACGCUCGGUACCAUCGUGGGCUCGUGGUUCGUGUCGCCGGUUCUCAGCGGUAUGAUGAGUGUAACGCUGUUCUGGGGAAUCCGCAAGUUUAUUCUGAAUGCAAGAAAUCCCCUCAAGGCCGGUCUGCUGGCUCUACCCAUGUUCUACGGCACGACAUUGGCGGUUAACGUUUUCAGCAUCGUACAUGACGGACCCAAGUUGCUUUACAUGGAUAACAUUCCGACUUGGGUUGCAUUGCUAAUCAGUGGAGCACUUGGUUUGCUGGUCGCUUUACUAGUUCAGCUGUUUGUUGUUCCAUGGCAGAAGAAGAAGAUUCUUGAUCAAGAUAAAACGACACGAACGGAGUUUACCGUUGGUGAUUCAGAUUGUGAUUCGUCUUCGAACGGAAGCCCACGGAGGCCGAAGCGUCCGCUGUCGUUGGUCGGAGAUGGAAAAGCUCUUCCCGCAAUAACCGAGACGACCGAAUUGGUUUCGUUAUCUUCGCAACAUCAACAGAACGGUUUGAUAAAGAAGCUUUCGAUUGACCUGUCACCGAAUGGUAUCAAGUCCAACAACAGUAAUCCGUACAAAAUCGAUCCUCAAAUUGUCAAGAAGGCAGAAAAUCUUUUGGCUGCCAACAAAACCAGUCUGGACAACACGGAUCUUACGAUUACUAGCUUGAACUACAUCGACGAGUACCAAUCGAGUAUGAACGGAAACGGUCGAAUUGCGUUAAACUCGUACUUUGAUCGCCGGAAUAGCAGCAACGUUUCACCUAAGUCGCCGGAUUCGGCCACGCUGAGCAAUGGUGGUGUCAAAGACCAAUCGACCAUCGCCCAAAACGGAAAAUCACCCACCAGCCCCAAGAGUGAUAGCACGCUGCCAAUCGCUGACUACACACUGUCGCCACCGAAUCUCAUUCUGAACAGCACCGGAAACGAUCUGAAGAAAGACAUUGGAAAGAUUGAAAACGCAGCCGGACUGGAUCACACACUAAUUAGCAGUACUCUGUCGCCGAACUCGAGCAAAGUGCCGCUGAUUGGUGGCAAGGAAGGUUCCGAAGAAAGUCGCCAUCUCCCGGUGAACGAGGAAAACGAAGAUGUGUCCAAAUUGUUCUCGUUCCUGCAGGUGCUGACGGCAACGUUCGGUAGUUUUGCACAUGGUGGCAACGACGUGAGUAAUGCUAUUGGUCCGCUCAUUGCACUGUUCAUGAUCUAUCGGGAAGGAUCGGUGCUGCAAAAGUCGGAAACACCACUGGCAAUUUUGCUGUACGGUGGCGUCGGAAUCUCCGUUGGGCUGUGGCUUUGGGGCCGUCGGGUCAUCGAAACGAUCGGCAAUGAUCUCACCAAAAUCACUCCAUCAACUGGUUUUACCAUCGAAAUCGGAGCCGCCUUCACCGUACUACUGGCAUCGAAGAUCGGUCUGCCCAUUUCGACCACCCAUUGCAAGGUGGGAUCUGUUGUGUUUGUUGGCCAAGCAAGCGCCCCGCGAAAACUCUCGCCGGACGAGGAGAAAGCGCUGAAGCUGCGGAGUCCCCACGAGCAUCACCAUUAUGCUACCGGCCAACAGAAGGCCGUCGAUUGGGGAUUGUUCCGGAAUAUUGUGUACGCCUGGGUGGUGACAGUGCCGGUUGCUGGCCUGCUCAGUGCCGGCUUCAUGUAUGGACUGCGCGCUCUGGUUUUGUAAACCGUAUAAGCUGGAAACGUUACCGAGUUUUUAACUUAAUUGAAACUUUUUUUUGAAACUUGUCAGGAUUUGAGGAGAUAUGUUUGUAUCAUUUUGCAGAGCAUGUUUGUCUAUUUAAAGUAAAAGAAAAUUUCAAUUUUUGGAAGUUUUUUUAAGGAGUGCAAAUGAGAGAUAGCAAAGCUUUUUUUAUCGUUUUGUACCGUUGAUGUUAGUAAGGAGCAAUUAAGAAUCCAAGCGAAAGGCUUCAAAACUUGUUAGUUUGUAAUCUACUUUCAGAAAGAGAAAGAUAAAAAAACAACGGAAUAGGUUCUGUUUUGUCUUCUGGUUUCCUUUUUGAAACAGUCAUUGCUUUUAGUUUGCCUAAGCAUAUAAAUGCUCCAUUGUUAUUCUGGAGGUUGAAAUCCGAAACGAUUUCUUGCAGGUCUUAGAGACUCAGCAGUAUGUCCUUGGAACAAACAGUUGAUUAUUGAUGUUAACCAUGUUGAAAAUAAAAAAAAAAACAAUAAUUAAUCUUAAGUGUACAUCUCAAGCGGCAAAAGUGAUACAACCUAAAUACCUAGUACUAAAUAAAAAUCAGUAUAAGAAAAAAGCCAAAAACAAUCAAAAAAUAAUGAACCGCACGUUUUUAUUUCCCAUGAUUCAGUCUUACGGCGAUCGCGAUGUGCACGCACUGUCAAUUUUCCUCUCUGUGCAACUGGUGUAUACCCCCUAUUAUUAUUGAUAAGAAACCAAGCAACUGAUAUGGAUUAAAAAAGAAAAUCAAUCGCGCUCACUUCCAUCCACUAGGGCUAAACUAACAACAUCUAGCAGCAAAAAGAAUUGAAACCAUUGCGCACCAACUGCAAAAUAAAACCUGCCAAAAUCGAUUUAGAGAAAACUAAAAACAAACCAACUCAACUAAAAACACACUCGCCAUCAUUUACAACAACAACAAAAAGCCAGAAAUCGAUUAACAACCAAUUGAAACAACUAAUCAAAACUUCUCUCAUUUCGCUCGAUUUUCUUUAUUCGGUCAUUGCAAAGCAUAGUAUGUUUGAUUUCGGUAUGUAAUAGCGAAUAGUUUUUUUUAAUCCUUUUUUCGUAAAACUACAAUUGGAAAAUAAGUCAAGUUUGGAUUACCCUUUUUUUCGAAGCAGAAUUGUGGCGUAAAAGUUUGGAAAAUUUAAAACAAAAAAAAACAUGUUCAUGUUUUUUAAAUUACAACCUUUAAAUUGAUGUUUUAACAAUUUACCAGAAUUUGAAUAUUAUUUUAACUAGCGUCGUCCAAGAAUUACCGAACAAGGAGAACUUUUACCGUUUCAGUGAAUAUUGAAGGAUUCUCUGUGUUGAUCUAUACCAGUGGUUUUCGAACAGUCUCGAUAUUUUCAAGCUCACUACCCCCUUAGGGUACUUUUGGACAAAUUUGUUCCACAAUACAGCGAAAAUCGAAAAAAAAUCUGAGCCUUUCCACCAUACCUUACAGAUUGUCAACGCCCUUCCCCCCUUGGGGGCGGUUGGGACCACUUUGAAAAUCACUGAUCUAUACGAACACUAUAUAGCUGCCUGGUAACGAUUGUCAUUCCUUGCAGUUUUUGAAUAAAGCUUUACAAUGAGCUGAAGUCGAGUUUUUGUAAAUGAAAGUUUUAUUAACAUACUAUAUACGACACUGUUCCCAGCUGCUUCUGGUUGUUGUCGAACAAUGGAAGAAAUCAAACUAGAAGCCGUUCAAAUAUUACGAAACGUAAUUUUCAAUCAUUUUUGACCCCCCCCUCCUUUCCCUUACGUAACACAUUCGUUUCAGAUUUUCUAUCAAAUAUCCACCAAGCGUAACAAGCUGUUAUACCCCUUCCCCCCUAAACGGAUAACGUAAUAUUUGAUUGGCCCCCAUUGAAACUAAAAUGCUCCGAAAAGUGUCUGAGAAAUUUUACAAGCCGAAAGGCUUUCGAGUAAAGUUAUAUCGAAGCUAGGCCUGGAAUUUCUGGAACCGACUAUGUGAAAAUGUUUUUGAAUUUAUGUUCUCUACUAGAAUGUCGGAUUGUUAUCGUCGUAUCAUUUUUUUAAAUAUUGAAAUCACAACAUGAUUUUUUGUUCGUUGGUUUAAUGGCAGUUUGAAAAAUAUGUUUUUUCGC